AUGGAUGACAUCCCCGAUUUGGUAGAGGAGCUUCCGACCGACUUUGAUACUAAACCACUGUAUCUAGCUACUGUUGAGGACACCUCGGCAUUUGCACCCAAAGAGGAAGUUACAGACAAGAUUCCUAUCACCAUCAUUACAGGCUACUUGGGAUCUGGAAAGUCCACUCUCCUCGAUGUCAUUGGCAAAACUUCCAACAAAAGGCUCGCCAUCAUUCUAAAUGAGUUUGGAGACACGGCAGCUAUCGAAAAAUCCGUCACCAUUCAAGAUUCUGAUAAGGGAGCAGUCCAGGAAUGGCUAGAUUUGGGCAAUGGAUGUCUUUGCUGCACGGUCAAAGAUAAUGGAGUUUUGGCGAUCGAGAAUUUGAUCCAAAACUCCAAAGACAAGAUAGACUACAUUCUUUUAGAGACAACUGGAGUGGCUGACCCUGCACCCAUAGCCAAAAUGUUCUGGCUUGACGACGCUCUCUCGUCGAGUGUAUAUAUUGAUGGAGUAGUGACUGUGGUGGAUUCUUCCAACAUUUUGAAAUGUUUGGACGACGUGGGAGGACACUGGCAUAGAUCCAACAAGCACUUGAUUGCAGAAUCGGCGACGGAUGUCACAGAAGAGGAAAUAGAAAAGGAAAAGCAGAUGCUUCAAGAGGGCGUCACAACUGCACAUCUUCAAUUGGCACUAGCAGACACGAUCUUGCUUAACAAAGUUGAUCGGUUCAAAGACGAUAUGCAAGGUUUAGAGGAGAUCAAGCAAAGAAUUAGAGCAAUUAAUUCGUCGUCACCGUUGUAUGAAACCAGCUUUGGUGAUAUCCAUUUGGACAAGAUCUUGGACUUGCAUGCAUUUGAGGCCUCUGCUGACAAAGUUGCCAGUCUGGUAAGUGCAAUCACAAACUCUCUGUAUCAUGAUGAUCGGAUUACUACGGUGGCUCUUGAUUUUCCCUUCUUUGACAAUCCGGAAGGUUUCACUAAAGUUGAGGAAUAUCUACAGCACAUGCUAUGGGAAUGUACAGCUGCAGACAAAUUGGUGGAGAUCCACAGAGUUAAGGGAAUUCUUGUUUGUGGUGAGGAUGUUCGAGUGAUUCAAGGUGUGAGAGACACUUACGAGGUAAUUGAGGGUGCAACUCUUCAUGAGAGCAUUGAAAGUAAUAAGAUUGUAUUCAUUGGAAAGAUGUUGAAGUACAAUGAUCUUAUGUUGGAACUACAAAAGUUCUUAGAGUAG